GAAGGUUUUACGUAUUCGUUUUGUCGCUUCGUCUUCCUCUUGUGUGUUCUGCCGACCAUCGGGUAUUCACCGAUCAGGUAUGCGCCACCUACCAUAUCUAGUGUUUGUCCGCGGCGAAUUCACGGCACUCUCAUUCGCGACACUUGUUUUUAGUCACCGAAGCCGGCACACGAGGCAUCUGCGGAGGAUCGCCGGUACUUGUGUGGUUUUACCUCAUGUCGGCGGGGGUAUCACGUCUUCUCCCCGGUCAAUGUCGCAACAUUGCCGCUCCAGGUUGGGGAAGCGUAGGCCGGCAUAAGUUGCAGCGGCGGGCAUGUUCCGACUUACAUUGAUAAGAUAUUGGAUUCAUACACGUAUCGCAUCAGUUUGUAGGAGAAGUCGAAUUCCACCCCCCUCAUUCAAUCACUCUCAGCUUGCUAGCAUGCUCCACCACCAGGCGCCACCGCGCGGAGCACGUCUUCGACUCCCGCGCUGAUACCAUUAAGUAGGAUCCUUGAACCAAUGUCGAAGAGGACUUCGACCAAACGCAACAAUCCCAUAUAAGUACUCCUUCAAUGGCCGACCCCAAGCCUGGUUUCUCUGGAUGCCACGUGGAAGUCUCAGACAUAGCCUAGCCCCUUACUUGUGUCAAUCAUUGUAGCGUUGAGCCUUGUACGAAUAUCGUUCGCUGCAGUAUGGGUGUUCAGGCUACAAAUCCCAUACAGGUCGCGGCUGUUGCUUCGGCGACUCGAGACGGUGCCUCUGAUGACAAAUUGCCCGGUUCCGACGGCGGGCUCUCCCCUGUCAUCAGCAACCCGAAAGAUGAUAUCGAUCCGAAGGAAGAGAGAGCUUUCUUAUGGCGCCUCGACUUGUUCUUCUUGUCGAUUGGGUUCUUGGGAUACAUGUUCAAGUAUAUCGACCAGACCAACAUCAACAACGCGUAUGUCUCGGGAAUGAAAGAGGAUCUGGAUUUGUAUGGGAAUGAGCUCAACUACUUCACAACCUUCUUCAACAUCGGGUAUAUGAUCAUGCUCUAUCCUUCAUGCAUCAUCAUCUCGCACUUUGGCCCUUCGACAUGGUUGCCGGCCUGCGAGCUUAUCUGGGGCGUUCUCACUUGCUGCCUCUCGGUCGUAACGAGUGCUAAGCAGGUCUACGGCCUCCGCUUCCUGAUUGGAUUCUUCGAAGGCACUGCUUGGCCGGGAUACUUCACUCUCAUCAGCCAGUGGUACAUGCCUCACGAGGUUGCCCUGCGCAUGAGCAUCUACAACAUCGCGCAACCAGCCGGCGCCAUGCUUUCCGGUGCAAUGCAGGGUGCUCUUUCAACCAACUUCGAGGGUCUGCAUGGUCGGGCUGGCUGGAGAUGGGCUUUCAUCAUCAAUGGCAUCUGUACCAUCGCCGUCGCGAUUGCUGCUUUCUUUAUCCUCCCUGGCUACCCUGAACGACCAAACCCUCUCGCCAAGUUCUAUAUGAAGCCUAGGCACAUCGAGAUCGCCUUGGCUCGUGCACGUCGGGUCGGCCGCAAGCCGCAGAUUGGCAUCACGCCGAAGUCAUUUCUGCGAUGCUUCACUUUCUGGCAGCUGUGGGUGUUUGCUAUUGCGUGGCCCAUUGGUGGCAACUUCACCCCAGCCAGCUACUUUAAUCUGUGGCUCAAGUCUCUUAAGAAUCCCGACGGUUCAGUCAGAUACUCUGUGGCCAUGCUCAACUACCUGCCGAUCAUUGGACAGGCUGUCCAGCUUGUGGCAGAGUUGCUGUUCAGCGGUUUCAGUGACUAUUUUGGCGUCCGGCUGCCGUUUCUGCUUCUUCAUUCCGCCAUCAAUAUCACCUCUCACAUCAUCCUCAUCGUACGACCCAGCAACGAGCAGGCCUAUAUGGCCGGUUGGUACAUGAACUAUAUGGGAGCUGUCUCCAUGAUGCUGCUCUGCUCUUGGGCAUCGGCACACCUCCAAGGCGAGCCCGAAGUGCGGACCGUGCUCUUCGCGAGCGGUACCACCCUAGCGUAUCUCAUGAGCGCCUUCAUCCCAAUCGCUGCCUUCCCGGCGUCCGAAGCCCCUAACUGGCGCAUCGGAUCCAAGCUCUACCUUGGGUUCGCGCUCGUAUCUAGUGUGAUGUUCGUCGGGAUCCACUUUGCCUUCAAGUGGGAAGAGAAGAGAAAGGCGAGGAACGCUGUCAAGGAUGUAUCAACCGAGGAGCCGGAUAACGCAGAUGCGGGCGUCAAGUCGGCAGUGGAGGAGCCGGACAUCACGUCGCUAGGGAAGUUUCAGGAUAGGGCCCAGUAAAAUCCUUGGGCGAGAUACCUAUUUGAUACUGGUCGUGGUGGGAUCGCCCUUGGAUGCUACAGGUCAGCAUUGGGCGUGCGAUUGGGCUGAACUGCAAGUAGAAUGUCAAGGAAGCACAGUCCUUGAUGUAUGUAGAAU